GAAGAGAAAUCAAAGCUGAUAGCUGAGCCAGGGAACCAGCCAAAAUGCCAACCCCAAACUCUUCCAGUGCUUCAGCCAAAGGUUUCCGGCGGGCGGUGUCUGAGAUGGACUCCAAGCAAGCAGAAGCCAUCAUGUCCCCACAGUUCAUUGGGAGACGGCAGAGCCUCAUUGAAGAUGCCAGAAAGGAGAGAGAGGCUGCUGCUGCUGCCGCCACAGCUGCGGCAGCAUCUGCCUCUGAAACAGCUGAACCCACUGAAACAAUUGUCUUUGAAGAGAAGGAUGGCAUGGCCAUGUUAAACUUGCUAUUCACACUCAAAGGAGCAAAGACUUCCCUGCCAUCCCGAGCACUUAAAGUGUUUGAGACAUUUGAGGCCAAAAUACAUCACUUAGAAACAAGACCCAGCAAGAAACUGCGAGAGGGGACCAUUGAUCUGGAAUACUUUGUUCGAUGUGAACUCCAUAGCUCAGACCUGGGCACCCUCAUCAGCUCUCUGAAACGGGUCACUGAAGAUGUAAGGAGUACAAAAGAAGACAAGAUUCACUGGUUUCCAAGAAAAAUCUCUGAGCUAGAUAGAUGUCACCAUUUGGUCACCAAGUUUGAUCCUGAUUUGGAUCUGGAUCAUCCAGGAUUCUCUGACCAAGCGUAUCGGCAACGAAGGAAAAUGAUAGCAGAAAUUGCUUUCCAUUAUAAACAUGGUGACCCAAUUCCUCGAGUGGAAUACACAGCAGAGGAGAUAACGACCUGGAGGGAGGUGUACAGUACACUGAAAAGUCUAUAUCCCAGCCAUGCCUGCAAAGAACACCUGGAUGCUUUCUACUUACUGGAGAGAUACUGUGGUUACAGUGAAAACAACAUCCCUCAGCUGGAGGAUGUCUCUCGUUUCCUAAAAGAGAGAACUGGGUUUCAGCUCCGACCUGUGGCUGGUCUGCUUUCUGCUCGUGAUUUUCUAGCCAGCUUGGCCUUCAGGGUGUUUCAGUGCACACAAUACAUUCGCCAUGCCUCUUCUCCCAUGCACUCUCCAGAACCGGACUGCUGCCAUGAACUCCUGGGACAUGUACCAAUCUUGGCCGACAAGACAUUUGCACAGUUCUCCCAGGACAUUGGACUUGCCUCUUUGGGAGCAACUGAUGAGGAAAUUGAAAAACUUGCAACACUUUAUUGGUUCACGGUGGAGUUUGGCCUCUGCAAACAGAAUGGAAUUGUCAAAGCCUAUGGAGCUGGGCUCCUCUCUUCCUAUGGAGAACUAAUACACUCCUUGUCUGAUGAGCCAGAGUUAAGAGACUUUGAUCCUGAUUCUACUGCUGUGCAGCCCUAUCAAGACCAAACCUAUCAACCAGUUUAUUUUGUAUCAGAGAGCUUCAGUGAUGCCAAAGCUAAACUCAGGGCCUAUGCAGCACACAUCAAGCGUCCCUUUUCUGUGAAGUAUGAUCCUUACACAUACAGCAUUGAGCUCCUAGACAACCCCCAGAAGAUCCAUCACUCACUGGAGAAUCUGCGCGAUGAGCUUCACUCAUUAAUUGAUGCCCUCAACAUUAUCAGCUAACACCUACAAAAUACAUUUUCCUCAUAUUCCUCUCCCCUCUUUCUCCUUUAUGCCAAUGCCUAGCACUGCUGUUGCAAAACCGGCCUACUUCUGUGGCUUCUUAUCAUGGCAUCAUUGGGACUAACAACAUCCCUGUGGUUUUUGUAAGUUUGUGUUGCUUGCUUACUCAUACACCCAUAGUGGAGAGGGGGAUGCAUGUUUAGUGACCGACUAGAUGUGGUAGAAAAAGGAAAGAGGCUGGUGAGCUUACUCUAGAGACCCAUGUGUGUUGUUUCUACUGUUUUGAAAGGGUAUGAAUCAGACAAAAGAAGGGCCAUGCUUUCACAAUGGAUAAGUGCUCUCUUUCUUUGGUUUUCUCAGUUAAAGGAGGGAGCAAUGGGUAGGUUUAGGAGGCCAAUCUUGUGCCUCUUGGACUGUCUGGAGGCCACAUGGUCUGCCAAACAAACCUGAUGAUUUUAAUUAUCAAAGAAACAGUCCUCUGCAAGCUAUUAAAAAUGAAUGACCUUUUCUGGAGGCAUCCAAAGAGGCAGCUCACCUUUUUUUUUCCUCGUCUGGCCCAGAGAGUUUGAAUUAAAUGCUUUGGGGGAACCAUAGUCCAGAAAUGUCUACUUUGAUACUUUGUCAUUGGUCAGAAGUAAUGCUGGACUAUCUAAGAGUAAGUUGGUGAAGCACAAACUCUGAUAAGUUUGGCCAAGUCGGUGAACCUGUAGGAUGUUUUGGGUUGUUCUGGAUUUAUUCUUUGAGCACUGUGCCAGCUAAGUACAAAAAGGCCCAGCACCAGGUGGCUAUUAUCUAGGCCAGUGGUUCUCAACCUGUGGGUCCCUAGGUGUUUUUGUUUACAACUCCCAGAAAUCCCAGCCAGUUUACCAGCUAUUAGGAAUUUUUGGGAGUUGAAGGCAAAAGAACUACUGGUCUAGGCAUACAUUUCUUGUUAAGGAAUGAAUGAAUAAUUUUACUAUUAAAAGUAUGGAAAACUUUGAAGUUUUCAAAUAAUAGUUGUAGUUCAAGAGUUAUGAGGUUUUAUUUUUUGGAGGAAGCAGGGAUGAGGAGAGAAAGAAAGAAGAGAGAAAGUGGGGGCUUUGAACAAAAAACAUCAUUUUCUGCACUGAAAAUAAGUUUCCUGGCAGAAUUUUCUAUGUGGAAAUGGUAUUUUCUAUGCAAACAAUGCUUUUUUCUGAAUAUAAAACUUGUUUUUUUCUUAAGAAAGUACAACUUUUUGUGCUAAAAAAGACACACACACCCAUAUAUUUUUGUGUCUGAAAUUCUCCUUGUUGAGAUCUCUUUAUAUUCCCACCUUAUUUUACCAUUUCUGUGCACCAUCUAGUGAAGUGGAAGAAUUCAGUAGGUCUUGUAAGUCUUCAAAUCACUUAUGGUGAUCUUAAAGUGAGUCUAUUAAGGGGUUUUCCUGGCAGAAUUUAUUCAGAGGAGACUUUCCUUGCUUUCCUCUGAGAAUGAGAGAGUGUGAAUUGCUCAAAGUAAUUCAGUAGAUUUCACUGGUCAAGUGUGGAUUUGAAUCCUAGCAUCCCAGUGUCCUAGUCCAAUACUCAAACUACUAUACCACAUGGUCUUUCUCAGUAUGACUUUCUCCCUAUUUAAUAUGUUUAGCAUUUCAGCCAGCAAAUUCCAAUUGUACAAGAGAAGGAGAGCAGUAUCAAAUACGUAAGAGAGUGAAGGGGAAGAGUAAUAUUGCAUAACUCAACAAAUUGAAUUCUUGGGCCCUGGAGGAAAUAUUCUCAACAAAAUGCAUUGAGCAAUUUACUAUUUUAUUAUUGAAGUUCCCGACAUUUUGAAGUACUAUUUGAAAUCUUUGUUUUUUUUUCUCCAGGCCUUUUGCAACAAACUCAAUGUGACUUAAUGGAAAGACCAAACAAUCCUUUCAUAAAGUCCUUAUGGCAAAAUCUCUCUUCUAACAAAGUUAUUUCAGUGAAAACAGAGCUACAAACCCUAGUAUGUUUGUUGACCCAUAGAAAGAUGCUGAAUAUGAGAUGAACUCUCAAAAUUUCAAGAUAAUGACUCAGAACAAAUUCCACAGAACAUCUAAUAUCUGAUUGGAACAAUCUUUUCGCCAAUUUUAAUCCCUUUGUCUGGGAAGAAUUUCCUUAGGAUGAAGCAAACAUUUGAGAACAAGACUCUGUCUACAAUUUUCUGUGUACUUUUUUAGUAGUGUCACAUAGAAUCAUAGAAUCAUAGAGUUGGAAGAGACCAUGUGGAUCAUCUAGUCCAAUCCUCUGCCAUGCAGGAAAAGCACAACCAAAGUACCCCUGACAAAUAACCUCUCAAUUUCCUCUUCUGCUGGCUGAACAUAUCCAGAAGAGAAAGUUGAGAGGAGACAUGAUAGCCAUGUAUAAAUAUGUGAAAGGAUGUCAUAAGGAAGAGAGAACAGGCUUGUUUUCUACUGGCCUGGAAAUUAGGAACAAUGGGUUCAAAUUACAGGAAAGGACAUGGAACUCAGUUAAACUUAGUUACUAUUAGCAAACAAUUGGUAGCACAGUGUAGUAGUUCGAGUGAUGGACUAUGGUUCAGGAGACCAGGAUUCAAAUUCCCAUUUGUCCAUGAAAACCCACUAGCUGCCCUGAUACUUUCAGUUGCAGACAAUGUUAUGAUGCAGUCAUCAUAGGGUCACCAUAAGUUGGAUAUUACUAGAAGGCUUAGGCUACACAUAAUUUUUGUUGUUCAAAUGUAACUUUAUGGAAUAAUAUUGGAGGCUGUUGCUGUCAGAGUACGUUUUUGUACCAGUGUAAGGCAAUUUUGGGAAUGGUGCAGUAGAAGGACAAAAGAAAGCAAUCUGUGGCAUCACAAGAAGCUACCCUCUCUGAGCAGCUUCUGUCUCUUUUGACAGAAACCAUUUCCAAUGCCACAUAACUCCCAUUACUGUGGUGCCUGUGGCUAUUUUAUCCCUGCUGCUUUGCCUCCAUCACCACAGUCCCCAAGCCCAUCAGUAAAAUUAAACUGGCCAAGAGAAUUGCAGCCUUAAUUUUACUGGUUGAAAAUGACACUCAGAUGUUGCAAGCCACCACAAAAGACAAAGAAGCAAUGAGGCCAUACAUACCCUAUAACCAGAAAAAUAACUAAAACAGUCAAUGUUACACAUUACUUAAUUGUGGCACUACUCUAUAACCGCUGGAAUCAACAUCCAGCCUCAAGCUUCAACAUUGUUCCAGUGAUAUUUGUGCUAUAGAGAAGUUCUUUGGAUAAAAGCAUCCUGUCGUUUUCUGAAGGCUGCAAGGAAGUACUUACUAUUAGAUUUCAUGAAGGCUGCCAUGGUACAAGAAAUUGUGCUAUGGCAUUCUGCUCAGGGACUAUAAAAACUUAGAAGUUUUCCUGGAGCCAUCAGGAAAUAAAGCAAUUACGGUAGUUCUAAGGCCUUUCAGUUGUAAAAUCGCAUCCAUUAGAAGCGAGGAGAAAGAUUUGUUGGUCACUUGGGAAGUUAAGGCAGAGAUUAUAUUUUUGCAAAAGAAAGAAAGGUAUAACCUUUAUUUUGCUUACCUUUUUCAUUUUUACUGAGAAGGAAAUUAAUGAAAACACCAGCUUGGAUAUAUAAUAUUAUCAGGGAGGGUAUUUGAAGCUUCUUGGUCAGGGAUGCAUGUGUUUAUUUUAAAAUGUAAGAAUUGCCUCUGGCUAAAUAAGUGGGAUGUCAGUAUUGAAUUCUUCAUUAACCACAAAGAACUCUAGCUUAUUAUGGCAUUUAUGAAAAGUUAAAAGUUCAGGUGUCAUAUUUGUCCAAUGGCAUUUGGCAACACUAUCUCAGCAGAAUGUAUGUCAAGGUAGAAGUACAAAUAUUCUGGUAUUGUUUGAUUUUCAGCAUAAGAAUAGUAUAAACCAGUUCUUUCCUCUUAUCCUCUUAGUUUGUGAUAAUCCGUGGCUACUAGUUAAACAUACAUUCAAAAAAGAACUAUCAAAUGUCUGAUCAGAUGGACACAGGUGUCAAAAUGGUGCACCACACUCUUUUGUGUUUAUUUUCUUUCAAAAAAGAAGAAUGCAUUGUUGUAAAUAUUUUCUGGUAGAAAAAAGACAGAGAAAGCAGGAGGAGCCUAAAUUUGAAAUGUCUAUUUUACUAUUAUAUACCAAUUGUCAUGUUGAAAAAAAAUCAUAGAAUUCACACAAUAAAAAAUAAAAACAUUCAUUCACUAUAAUAGCACCAAUCAAUGAGAGAAUAGCACAAUAUAAUUUCUCUUUCAGAAUAAGCAGGUUUUGUACUGACCAUCCAGAAAAUGUCUACCUAAAUAAAUAUGCCUUAAAUGGUUAAAUCAGCCAAAUUAAAGGAUCACUUGAUCUCUACAGGGGACUCUUCCAUAUAAUGGGCACUUCCAAGAUUUGGAAAAGUGACUCUUUCAGGCAACAAUUCCCAGCAUCCUUUUGCUCAGUGGUUCUAAACCUGUCGUUCCCCAGAUGUUUUGACCUUCAACUCCCAGAAAUCAUAACAGCUAACAAACUGGUUGGGAUUUCUGGAAAUAGUAGGCCAAAAUACCUGGGGACCCACAGGUUGAGAACUACUGCUCUAGCUAAUAUGAUCACUGGUCAUGCUCACAGGAAGAUUCUGGGAGUUGUCAAUCAAAAAAGUACCCAGGCUUAUCCUGGAAGCAUCCUUUGAAAGAAGGAAGGCUGUCAUGGGAAAUUGCCACGAGACUAGUGCCACAGUGACAGAAUAUCUGAACAAAGGCUAAGGAAAUAUUUCUCAGCAAUGCUCCCUGGUCUCUCCAGUGCAUUGCCAUUUGGCAGAUAGCUAGCACCAGUGCCUGUAAAGUCCAGUGCUACGCGAGUGUUAGGCCGAUAUCCAAUGGUUCAGUGUAGCAAUGAUGAAGUGGUAUGUAUCAGAAUGCUCUGGAGAGAUGGCUAAAGAAUCAGGCCACUAGGUGAAAAAGGAGACUCAAGAAGACCAUGAAAAAGAAGGAACACCAAGCCUCCUUUUCUGUCUGGCUUCAGUUUAUUUAUGAUGUUUGGGUGUAUGAAAGCCUCAAAGAAUGGGUCUCAAUGCUAUUGCUGCUAUUGCUGCCACCAUCCCUGCUGCUGUGUGGUUGGAUCUGUCUGUCUUGCUGUAUAAUGAUGGUAUUUGUCUCUCAGUCGUGAGUCAUGCUGCUGCUGAGACACUUCGAUUAUUCAUAAUAAAGUUAAAUUUCUG